GCGCGGGAGCGCGCGCGCGCGUGCGGGAGGGGGCGGGUGGGGAAGCCGCGGCACCAAGCUCCCGGAGGCGAGGCUCGCGCGCCCGCCCCCGCCCUGGCCCCAGCGCCCACCCGGUCGGCCCCGGCCCAGCCAUGAUCAAGGCCAUCCUCAUCUUCAACAACCACGGGAAGCCGCGGCUCUCCAAGUUCUAUCAGCCCUACAGUGAAGAUACACAGCAGCAAAUCAUCAGGGAGACUUUCCAUUUGGUGUCUAAGCGAGAUGAGAAUGUCUGUAAUUUCCUAGAAGGAGGAUUAUUAAUCGGAGGAUCUGACAACAAGCUCAUUUACAGACAUUAUGCAACACUAUAUUUUGUCUUCUGUGUGGACUCCUCAGAAAGUGAACUUGGCAUUUUAGAUCUAAUUCAAGUAUUUGUGGAAACAUUAGACAAAUGUUUUGAAAAUGUUUGUGAACUGGAUUUAAUAUUCCAUGUAGACAAGGUUCAUAAUAUUCUUGCAGAAAUGGUGAUGGGGGGAAUGGUAUUGGAGACCAACAUGAAUGAGAUUGUCACACAAAUUGAUGCACAAAAUAAACUGGAGAAAUCUGAGGCUGGCUUAGCAGGAGCUCCAGCCCGUGCUGUAUCAGCUGUAAAGAAUAUGAAUCUUCCUGAGAUCCCAAGAAAUAUUAACAUUGGUGACAUCAGUAUAAAAGUGCCAAACCUGCCCUCUUUUAAAUAAAUAUUAAAAAGGCCACUCCCAGGUAAAACCCAGAGGGAACGUCAUCUAAGUUUACCAUGCAGUUGUUUACCAAAAAUAGAGGAGGAGAGUCUUAACUUUGCUCUUGGAUUAAGUCAAGGUACUGUAUAGAAGCUGCAUAAAAUCAGUAUGGAAGUUCAAUGUUGCUUUUCUUGCUCAGUGAUUUUAAAGAAAUUGACUAGUUCCCGUGUGAUUUAUUUUUUUCUUUUCUAAAUUGCAUUCCUAUGCCCACAUAAAGGCAUGCCUCUAUAUAUUGGCUAUUACAGUAUUUAAAAAAGUGAGAUGUUUCUUUAUGUACAACCCAAGAUGUUGAUGUUUUGUAUGGAUCCCAAGUGCAGCAAUCUGUAAUUCUUUCUGCUGUUUGUCACAAUUGUUAUUUAAAGAACCAAGUAUGUAUUGCAUGAAAACAUGACCUUUUCUUUAGUUUAAAUAAACUCCAAGGUAACUGGACUUCUAAAGUACCUUUCUGCUUUGCUUGGUAUCUACUUUAGCAAUAACUUUUUUUUUACAACCUUCUGAUUCAACAAAGUAAAUAAAAGUAUAUUUUCCCACUGUUAA